UAAAGCCACAAUAGAAACCCUUUUCCUCAAGCCUGCCUUUACGUAUAUUUAAAAAAAUAAAAUUUUGGUUACAUACUUCUAAUAUUUUAUCGUUGGUCCAUGGAGGGUUCGUCCAAAGGGCUGAGAAAAGGUGCAUGGACUGCUGAAGAAGAUAAUCUCUUGAGGCAAUGCAUUGAUAAGUAUGGAGAAGGGAAAUGGCACCAAGUUCCUUUAAGAGCUGGGCUGAAUCGGUGCAGGAAGAGUUGUAGACUAAGAUGGUUGAACUAUUUGAAGCCAAGUAUCAAGAGAGGGAAACUUAACUCUGAUGAAGUUGAUCUUCUUGUUCGCCUUCAUAAACUUUUGGGAAACAGGUGGUCUUUAAUUGCUGGUAGAUUACCCGGUCGGACUGCCAAUGAUGUCAAAAAUUACUGGAACACCCAUUUGAGUAAGAAACAUGAACCAGGUUGUAAGACCCAGAUGAAAAAAGAAAAGAGAAACAUUCCUUGCUCUCCUACUACACUAGCCCAAAAAAUCGACGUUUUCAAACCUCGACCUCGAUCAUUCACCGUUAACAACGGCUGCAGCCAUAUUAUUGGCAUGCCAAAACCUGACGUUGUUCCUCUAUGCCUUCGAUCCAACAACACCAAAAAUGUUUGUGAAAGUAUUGCUACAUGUAACAAAGAUGACGAUAAAUCUGAGCUUGAUAGUAAUUUGAUGGAUGGUCAGAAUAUGUGGUGGGAGAGUUUGCUAAAUGAAAACCCAGAUCCAGCUGCACUCUUUCCAGAAGCUACAGCAACAGAAAAAGGCGCAACCUCCGCAUUUGACGUUGAGCAACUUUGGAGCCUGUUAGAUGGAGAGACUGGAACUUGAUUAGUGUUUCCACUGUUUUGUGCUUGCGUGUGAACUAGUGACUGCAUUUAGUGUGUAUUGUUUCUAAAUUGUAAACCAAUUAAGUUAUGUUUGUGACAUUUAUAUUUUACAAAUGAAAA